GCAGUACCGUGGGAUAUUGCGUAAGGGAAAUUGCAACCACGCAGCCAAAGCUGGAGCAGAGUGAAAGGUCAGCGCAAGCAUCGAUGGGUUCGAGCUGCACACUGGCAGAAAUGCUUCUGAGGGAAAGGUGUGAACGAUGUAAUAGCCCUGGAAUAAAGUUCAGCUUGGUCAUACAUUUCAGUGGAUGACUAAACAAAUCGUGAGGAAAAACAAGAUAGAGUGUGCCUCAGUGAACCUAUCACUCAGCUGUUGGCUGGAUAGACCCAGAGCCAGAGAGUAUUUGCUUAAAUGAAUGGUCAUUUUGGCUCCGUGUGCUCUUUUAUCAUUUAGAAGCAGAGCACUGGGACCAUGGCCCUGCAAGAGAGAGGAACCAGCAGCAGCAACUCCACUAAUGACAAGCAGGAGCAGAACCAUAAUCGUGUUAUUACAAUUGUCUUCCUGGCACUCUUCAUCGACUUGUUGGGAUUUGCUCUCAUCUUGCCACUCUUCCCUUCCAUCCUUGAUUAUUACAGCCAGACUGAGGAUGGAUUCUAUUUGUCAUUGCAACGCGGGGUAGACUGGUUUGCAGCGAUGGCUGGGAUACCUCCGGAGCGGAAAUACAACAGCGUCUUGUUUGGAGGUCUGAUUGGCUCCAUCUUUUCCCUCCUGCAGUUUUUCUCCUCUCCCCUCACUGGUGCUGUGUCAGACCACUGGGGCAGAAGACCUGUCAUCCUGAUGACAGUGAUGGGUUUGAUAGCAUCAUACUCACUCUGGGCUGCCUCUCGGACUUUUGGCGUUUUUCUUCUCUCCAGGAUCAUAGGUGGAAUAAGCAAAGGGAAUGUCAGCCUCUCCACAGCUAUAAUUGCUGACUUGCACUCUCCAAAAGCACGGAGCAAAGGCAUGGCCAUGAUUGGUGUUGCUUUCUCCCUGGGCUUCACCCUGGGCCCCAUGAUGGGUGCUUACCUCGCCAUGCAGACAGAGAAAGGAGAAGUCUUCUACCUUCGUUCAGCAUUGUCAGCACUUGUGUUUUCUGUGGCUGAUUUAAUUUUCAUCUUCCUCCUUCUUCCAGAGACGCUUCCCAAGGAAAAACGGGUCCCUUCUGUGACAUCUGGAUUUCAGGCAGCAGUUGAUUUGCUCAGUCCUUUGGCUUUAUUUCAGUUCUCAGCAGUCACCCGAGGAAAGGAAUCCCCUUCAGAGCAGAAUGUUCAGAAUCUCAAAAUUUUGGGCCUGGCCUACUUCCUGUACCUUUUCCUGUUUUCUGGCUUGGAGUACACACUGAGUUUUCUCACUCACCAGAGAUUCCACUUCAGCAGCAUGCAGCAGGGCAAGAUGUUUUUCUUUAUUGGAAUAACAAUGGCUGUGAUCCAGGGAGGCUACGCUCGCCGAAUCAAGCCAGGAAAUGAAAUCAGAGCUGUAAAAAGGGCUAUUAUGUUGCUGAUUCCAGCGUUCUUGUUAAUUGGAUGGGCUGCAAAUGUGACCAUGCUGAGUGCUGGACUGUUGCUGUACUCCUUCGCUGCAGCCAUUGUGAUCCCGUGUUUGUCAGCAGUGGUGUCAGGCUAUGGUGAGUGUCCCUCCUGGCUGCCCUUGGCCACACCACUGACCUUUAUAUUGACUUGGCUCAAAUUAUACAGAACUGACCUUGAGUUGAGUGAAGCAUCAACAGGAACAGCUGUGGAUCCAUCUCAGGCCCUUCUGCAGGGGGGCACAGGGAACCACCCCAUGGCUCAUACCUGUCUCACAACUGAUAAUUUCAGCACUAACAGCAAUGAUCUGCUCAGUGCCCAUCAGUAUCACACUUGAAUUUUGUGCUGUGUAACACAGUCCAGUGUGAUGGGGAAACCUCAUUCAUUGGUGAUGAAGAAGAUGAGAAGUGGACAAAGGCCACAAACAGCACUGAGGAGGGAACAGUCUGGGCCAUCCCUGCCAGCAGUGAAAUAAUUUCUUGCUGAUUCCUUAGAAAAGACCUUCUGAGGAACCUUCUGAAACCUUCUGGCACUGGUUGCUAUGUAACCUUGUAAAGCAGAUGUAGCUGUGGUGCCACAGCUUUGAGGCACCUGGGUGCCAGGACUGCAGUGCUUGCUGAGGUGGAAAAGCAAGGUUUUGCUCAUUAUUGUCAUUUUUAUUUUUCUCUUAUUGGAUUUAUCCACAGUUCUGUGUUUAUUUUACACCUGGGCCUUCUCAGAACAUCUGUGAAGCUUUUGUUUUGGAUAGCUCGGGCUUUUUGGGAGGUGCGGAAUGUGCACUACAAACUGUCCCAGUCAAACCCUCGUGCCAGGCCCCGGUGUUUAUGCAGUGAAGCACUUGUGAGGGCCUUGGUGGAGGGCAAGCACAGAGUGGGGACUGGGUGAGAAAAUGGGAGGGGAAGAUGCAAGUGGGAAAUACCCCCAAAGAACAAGGCUCCAGAGCUACAGCCGUGCCCAAACCCCAAACA